CCCAACCCUCGCAGUGCCGCCCGCUGCUUUGUUGGGACGCAGCCGUCGCUGUCGCUCCUGCCGGAGGAGUCGAUUUUGGAUGCACGUCACAUGCUCACGCGACGACGCGCUGGACCCUGGAUGACAGCAUGCGGCGCGCUACCUUCUAACCAGGCCUCGAUGCAGCGCCCAUAGAGCCCAUAGAGCCGGACUGCAAGCAAGCGCAGCAGCACCCGCCACUGCGAGCCAUGGCCGGCGCAACAUACGCCGCAACCCUCGAGGCCUUCAUCGACUUUCUGACCGUCUACGUGCACACGCUGCUGUACCUGCGCCGCCUCUACCCGCGACGCUCCUUUGUGCACGCCCGCUUCCACAACACCUCCGUCUACCAGUCGCGGCACCCGCUCGUCUGCGACUGGAUCUCAGACGCCAUCGACGCCGUGCGCAACGAGCUGUUCCAAAGCGCCGUGUCGCGCAUCGGCGUUGUGGUCUUCAGCUACGGACAUGGCAGUAACAACGGGAGUGGAGGUGGCGGCAGCGGCAGUACUGGCAGCGGCAAGGGCACCGGCGACGUGCAAAUCAUGGAGCGCUUCAUGAUCGACGUCUCCAUGUUCCCCGUCGUGAACGAGGACAGCCUUAAAACUAUCUUGGAAUGGGGGCCUCGGCCUCGGCCCUUGUCGCAAGCAUCGUCGCGCGACGAAGACGAGACUGGAGCUGAUUAUGACGACGAGACUGGCGAAGAAUACGACGACGAGACCGGAGAGGAAUAUGAUGAGACUGGAGAGGAAGAGGAAGAGGAAGACGAGGAGGAAGAUAAAGACAUGGAGGAACCUCAAGACAUAGAAGAGUCUGAAGCCGAGAAGGAGCCCCAAAUCGAGGGAAACGCUAGAGUCCAGAAAAGAUCAUUUUUCGAGGACGAAUCUGAAGUCGAAAAGAACGCUCAAGUCCAGAGGAGAGGUUAUCUCGAGGACGAGGAAGCUCGAAUCGAGAAGGAAGCCGACAUACAGGCAGAAGCUGACAUCCAGGAGGCGGCUGAACACAUGGAAGAAGUUGAAUACGAUGAAGAUGAAAUGGAUGUGGAGGAUGGAGUCGAGGAGGAAGCUGGAAUCCAGGCGGAACCCGAAACCCUGGAGGCAGCCGAACACACGGAGGAAGGCGAAUACAAGGAAGUCGAACACGAGGAAGCCAGAAACAACGAGGGAGCCGAAGCAGAGUGGGAAGACAUCGGCGAGUGGGUCGCCGAAGGCGACUCAGGCGCUCCAGGCGACUGGGCCGACUCCGACUCGGACGCCCAAGCCGAAGCCUACUACCAGCGCGCGCGGGCAGAAGUCGCGCUGAACCGCGAACGCAGCACCGAGAGCCCCGAAGCCCCGGCCUACGAGCUCGGCGUAGAAACAGAUCUCUCGGAGCAGAUGCGCGCCGCGCUCAUCGCGCUGACGCAUGCCUGCGCCCGCCUCAAGCCGCUGCCGAGCAAGUGCUCGUUCAGCAUAGCAAUGGAGCUGAAGAAUGAAGCGGAUGCUGAUCCGCCGGCUAGGCAUCCGCAGCCCUGGGUCCCCGUGCAGCCUAGUCUGCAGAAGAUGGGGCGUGUCGGGGUGCACAAUGCGGGCGACGAUGGGGCGGUGGAGGAGAGUAACGAGUCGGGGGACAAGAUGAAGACAGGCGAAGACCUGGGGGGAGUGAAGUUUACGCCGAUCAGGACGGUCGAAACGGGGACGUUCAGGUUCGAAACUUGGGUAGAGGAAGGGAGAGCAAAAUCUGGGAGACCCAGCGGCCAGACCAAGGCGAAGCCCAAGGUCAGCUUUGCAAAGAAAGUCAGUUUCUCUACAGGUGUGGAAGAAAUCCCCACAAAAUCAUGAUGCUAUGAUGCCUUACCAAGAUGAGAGACUUGCUAGUACGCUGUAUGAAGAUGCUCAAAAGUUA